UACAUGCUGCGACCAAAACACGGAAGUGUCUCAAAUAGCAAAAGUUCAGGCUCUAAUGUUGUCAGAAAAAAAUGCGACAUACACUUCACGUUGUUAUUCACGUGAACAGUUAAACAUACAGAAACUUUAGGUCACAUUGUUUGCUGAAGAUGGCUUUCUCCUGGGUUGGCGUUGCGGUUGUAUCGCUUGUUCUCGCCAUCAUUGGGCACAUCCUGGUGAUGCCGCCUUCACUGCUCUCCGUCCUCGGCGGUGUUGUCGGUGUGUGCUCCCUGGCCGGGAUGGCGCUCCUCUGGAGGGACAUGAGCUCGAGGAUGAAGGGCGUAACGCGGACGCUGAGCAGUGUGCUGAGCCAGUACGUGGCGAUGAAGGGUGUGGGCUGGCUGGGCGGCCGGCAGAGAAAGAAGCUCGAAGCCGAUACUCUCGACGUGAAACGAGUCCAGGAGCAAACGCUGCUGACGCGCCUGCGCAAAAACGCAAACACAUGUUAUGGAAGACAGUACGACUUCAACUCAAUUAAAGACAGCGAUGGCUUCCGGGCGCGUCACCCCAUCACCACGUACGAGCACUACCGCGAGCUCAUCAGACGCAUCGCAGCAGGAGAGAAGAAGGUCAUCAUUGCCGAGAAGCCGCUGAUCCUGGCCAUGACCUCUGGGACGUCGGGAGCCAGCGCCAUGCUGCUCAGCACCAAGGACACCAACACUGAGUUCUUCCUGCAGGGAGUGACUGUGGGUUUGGAUGCAAUGAGAAGAGCAUUUCCUGCGACGGACAGCCUUCAGCGCACCACCAAGUUCUUCUACUCGCCUACUUUUCGCCAGUCUGAGGCCGGCAUUCCCAAUCGGACCGAACUCCCCACACCAACCUCCUCCCGCCACAUGCUCAACCUCUACACCACCCCAGCAGGAUUCUAUUGGCCUCCCUUUCAGGUUCCCAGUGAAAAGGACACCCUCUACUUGCAUCUCCUGUUUGCUCUCAAAGAUCCCAGUGUGGGAACACUGGAGUCCAACUUUGCUUCCACAGUCUUCUAUGCUCUCAGUGCGUUACAGCAUCUCUGGCAGGAGCUUGUAGACGACAUUGAACUUGGGAAGGUUAGCAGCUCCUUAGCUCUGGAGCCAAAAGUCAGGUCCAGACUCGAGGCUCUGAUGAAGCCGGACCCAGAGAGGGCUGCUCAGCUCCGGGCCCAGUUCCAGGAAGGUUUCCAUGGGAUCGCCAAGCGCCUGUGGCCUCAUCUCCAUCUGGUGCUGGCAGUAGACUCAGGCUCCAAUCAGAUCUAUGGGGAAAUGUUGAGAGAGAACUACUGCCGGGGAGUGCCUUUCUAUUCGCCUUUCUACGCUGCUACCGAAGGUCUGAUAGGGGUGAACCUGUGGCCUCAGGAGCCAACCAGACGCUACAUGCUGUGUCCUCGUUCAAUGUUCUGCGAGUUCUUGCCGGAGAGCAGCCUGGAGGAGGAGACGCCUCACACGCUGCUGAUGGAGGAGGUGAGAGGAGAGAACUAUGAGCUCGUUAUCACAAACGCUUCAGGACUCUUCAGAUAUUGCAUUGGAGACAUCGUGAAAGUAGUUGGAUUCCACAACCAGUGUCCCAUUGUUGAGUUUCAGUACAGACGGGGUCAGAUGUUGAGCGUUCGAGGGGAGAAAGUGUCUGAGGCGUUGUUCCUUAAUGCUCUGAAGAAAGCGCUUGCUCAGUGGCCGGGAGCUCGGCUCAUUGACUACUGCUGUGCUGAGAGCGGCAUCAUGGGAGAUUCAAUAGGCGGCUCAGAUCCUCAUUACCAGGUCUUUAUAGAGCUGAAAGGUGUGAGAAACCUCACAGAGGAACAACGAUACAAGUUGGACAUCUGCCUCCAGCAGGACUCUGCUGUCUACAAGUCCUUUCGUUUCAAAGGCAGCAUCGGACCGAUGAGGGUGCAGCUGGUGGCGGAGGGUGCAUUCAAGGAACUACGCAAACGCAUGAUGGCCUUCUCGAACACCUCGCCAAACACCUUCAAAAUGCACCGAGUGCUGAGGAGGAAAGAAUACGGUGACUUCCUUUUGGGAAAAACCAUAUCCUAAAACCUCCCGUUGUGGAGAAAAAGACUGAGCUUGUGGACUCUGACUGAAUUAAAUGUCUCCAGUUUUUUCAAUCUACUGCUCAUGAAUGAGUUGAUUUAUUGUGCCUUUUGGAACUCUGAAACACGGAAACACAAUAUAGUUUCAUGUUUGAGAAAUGCUCAUUUGAUGGAUUUAUUUUCUUCAUUAAAGUGUUUUAUUAAAAUGUUAC